AUGUCCACCAGUGAGCUCGAAGGAAGCUACGAGCGGCUAGCAAUGUUGAGAACGUGGUGGCAUACCUUUGCCGUUGGAUUUGUGUUGACUGCUUGCGGGGUAGAGCAAAGUGUACCACCAGGAUUGGCGGGACAUCCCCUGACCUUUUCAGGCCAUUUUGUUGUUGAGACAAGUAUUGGAUUUUAUAACGUUAACCGCCUCUACAACUUGGACCCACAAAUUGUGACCCGCUUCACCGGUCUCUCACAGGACGCGAAGCUUCUCCGUCAACACACACCCGUGAUGGGAGGCACGUCAGGAGUAAUUCCUCGCAACAUGGUGGCGUUCAUUGGAGGCCUCUGCUGGGAAAGCCAUCGCUAUGUACUUUGGAAAGAUGGUAAUCUGCUGGUUAUAGAGGCUGAAACCGUUCAAGAUAUUGAGGAUCCUAACUGGAUUAAUAGUAAUGCACUCCAAUAUAAACUAUUUCAAGAGGAGAAUUUUCAACUUGGUUUAAUUCAAAGCCUUUUGAGUGGCAUAGAGUUUGGAAAAACUAAUUGGGGAUACUUGAUCCGAGGCUCUGGGGGCUAUCGAAUUGUUCAGAAGGAGAGGCCCCUGCAUAAGAUUUCCUGUCCACUUUGGGCGACCCUGAUUCACGAAGAUGAAAUCGAAGUUACCAAGUGGGUUGAUGCGGCGGAAAGACGAGGUGUUUGGAAUGGUAAACCUGUAGAUGUUUACUACAGCUGGGAUGACCUGUGGCUAAAGCGCGUGGAAGGCGCGAUGUAUGGUCUUAGAACCAUAUGCGAUUUGGACCUUACUUUCGAAAUUUAUGGUCAUUUGGUUGGACGCAACGGGGAAGUAGUGGGAAUCGUCUCCGAAGCUGCUUGGGGACGAACUAUUGCCCUUGGCGACCGCACGCUUGUCUAUGAGACAUUCGCUCGGCUACAAGAGCAUGGCUGUAUAUUCGUUGGUAUCAGCACCGGUCAAGUUCUCAUCGCAAAUGGCAAAGUUCGCCUUUUGGAUUUGUACGGAAUUCGUCCAUACUCGGAAGACGACAGGGCAGAGAUGGAACGCGAGGCAGAGAUAUUUCACUGGCGGGAGCUAGAAAUCAUUUUUGCGCAACUCGAAAGCGGAUAUGCUCUCAGUUGCAACCCGCGAUUUUGGCACCAGACUCCGCGUAUGCUACUCCCACCGACGCCAUCCCCCGAGCGUCCUCGGCUGAUGUCGUACAUGCUUCUUGGUUUGAAUGGAUACCACGAUUCGUGGAUAUACGAUCUUUAUGGAAAUUUAUGCGACGGCAGGUCUCCUGCCAGGCCUUCUCGUGAUCGUGAUCACGGUACAGCUUCCAGCCGUCAUCGGAAAACAAUAUUACAUGACGAUCUGAUCACACCCCUCCCCUUCGAUUCCCCGAAGCGAAUUGCAGUUUCAAGGAAGGCAAUUAUUCCCUGCCAUCGGAAACGAAAUGAACAAAUCAUUUCCUUCACUCUCUUCCACCCUUACCGGCAGAGAGUCCCACUCAACAAGCCAUUGCCGAUAAACGAUAAUAGCGACGCCACGUCCGAUAGCGAAAUAUCCAUUUGCAGUCUAUAAUUGCACCACACUUCAAAACAUUACAGGGAUGUAAUUUACUUAACGUCCGUGUGUAUCAUAGAUGAUUUGUAAAUAUUGCGAGGUGCUGUACUGCCAAUUAAACCCAAGGAUACAUUGC